UCAGCCUCCUUGAAUGAGAAACAGGGGUAACCAGGCAACUUCAGAGCUGCAAAGAAGGAGAGAAGGAAAGAGAACGAUUUCAGAAUUGGACAAGAAAUUUGUAUUAAUUGCAAUGUGAAUCCACCUCUUGUGCCCGGCAAAUGGAAUUAACAAAUGGAUUUUCUUGAACACGCCGGUCUUCCUUCCUUCGGCGGCGCGCUGACAUGAAGGGGACGCGGAUGUGGAUUAAAAGGCGUAAAUGUGACACUCCGAUGGGAAAAGGGUUGAAAGCCAGCGACUGUGAGAGGCUGCCGGACCGCAUCUGACGUCCUCUCUUCUACGAGAGAAUAAUAUCCACUCCUGACCUACUGUGAAGAACAAUCUUUGAUUCAAUCAAUGCUGCUGCCUCCCUUGGGGGAGUUAUUCCCGAGCAAUGGGUGAACGCUGAGAAAAGAGCACCAGUGGACCAUGUGAUACUUGACCUUCAAGGAGACAUACUCCAGAAGAUGUUAAAUCAGAUCUGAAGCUUCUCUCGAGAGGAUCACCUAGCUCGUCAAGCUCUUCAUGUGUUGUUUGCUAAUACGCGCACGCCAUGGCCGAGUGAAGAGGCCUAUUUACCAAUGCCGGGUCUUCAUUUGCGGAGGAGCAUCAGACAUCACAGCAUGAAUUUGAAGUUGAUUUUGCCCACUCUGAAGCGUUUGUGAGUUGGGAGUUGACGUUGGAGUAAAUUGUGUGCGCCUGCGAACCCAUGGUGGACUUGCUGUGAGCCGGGACAAGGGACUCAGCAGUGGAGGAUGUCAGCAGAGGCCGAGCUCCAGCCGGGUGUCAAAACCAGCCAGCGAAGGGAGUCCAGGAGGAUAAAAGGUCAGGACCGCAGCGAGGCGGGGCUUAUUAAGCGUUUCCGUGGAGAUGGCGUGCGCUACAAGGCCAAGCUGAUCGGGAUUGAUGAGGUGACAGCGGCACGCGGGGACAAGCUGUGCCAGGACUCCAUGAUGAAGCUCAAGGGCAUGGCUUCGUCUGCACGUUCCAAAGGGGAGCACAAGCAGAGAGUCUUCUUGACGGUCUCCUUCGGAGGGAUCAAGAUUUACUGUGAAAGAUCAGGGGUGCUACUGCAUCACCACUCAGUCCAUGAAAUCAGCUACAUCGCCAAGGACACCAGAGACCACCGGGCCUUUGGCUACGUUUGCGGAAAAGAGGGUCACCAUAGGUUUGUGGCCAUCAAGACCUCACAAUCGGCGGAGCCUCUCAUCAUUGACCUGCGUGACCUCUUCACGCUCAUCUACGACAUUAAGCAGCGAGAAGACAUGGAAAAAAAGGCCCAGAAGGACAAACACUGUGAGCAGGCGGUCUACCAGACCAUCCUGGAGGACGAAGUGGACGAUCCAGUUUACCAGUACAUAGUGUUUGAGGCUGGACACGAACCCCUCCGUGGCCCCCAGUCAGAGGAGAGCGUUUAUCAGGUCCCAACCAGUCAGCAGAAGGAAGGCAUCUAUGAUGUCCCCAAACGCCAUUUCAUGACUAAUAUCAACCACUUCGAUCUUUUCGGAGACAUGUCCACGCCUCCCUCGAUGCCCCCAUCACCUGCCAACACACUGGACCCAAGCAGGAGCAGCCGCCAGCAGCAGCAGCAGCCCAAUCCCGCUGAGAUGUACGCCCCCUUCAGCCCAACCUCGGUGCCGUCAGGUUAUAUGACCAUGGGCCCCGUGCAGGCAUCCCAGUGGGCGCAGCAGCCGUUUCCUGCCCAGGCUCAGACUCUAGCCUUCCCUGUGCAGGGGCCCCUCCAGGUGGCUCAGGUCCUCCCCGGAGGUCAGCCCGUCAUCUGGAGCCAGGCUAACAUUUUCCGAGCCACGCAGCAGCAGUGGGCGGCCAUGGCAGCCUACAUGCCGGCCCAGACUGUGGGCGUGGGGGGCCACGCCAUCCCAGCUGCCAUGCUCCAAGGCCUGGUACCCAUUACGACCGUGUGCCCCCAAGCCUGCGACUUAUCCGCCCCUUCCUCGGCCAUCACCAGCCCCCAGCACACGGCCGACCCCGCCCUGCUUCAGAGGCAGCUUAGCCUGGGGAAAGACGGCCUGUGCAUGGACUUGGAUGCAGGCGAGGGCCCGUCUACAUCAGGAGUGCCGCCCGGCGGGGUGUCGGUGAGCAGGUGUGGGACCCCGGGCCCUGUUAGCGCACCGGACGCUCUUGUCUGCAGUCAUCUGUUGCCACCCCCUGUUGCUGCAACACUCGAAGAGGAAGGGAGUGAUCUCGAUCUGUCUCGGAUGACCUUGAGCCCUGGUACCUCCACUUCUCCGUCUACUGAAUCCCCUUCUACUCCAGCUCUUCAGCAGAGCUCCUCCUCAGACGGCCCCCCUACCCAAGCUUGCGACCUCCCGACAGAUCACUACCUUGCAGAGCCCGAGGGCGACUCCAGCCAUGCCAAGGAGGAACAGUCGGACUCUGCUGUCGCCAGGUCAGGGUCUCCAUUGCCUGAUGGAGCCAGUGAUCCACCUGAGGAUCAGACGGCUCAGUCACAACAUCCCAUAAUGCUUUCUGCCGCCGCACAUUUGCAGCGCUGUCUCGUCACGAAUACGCUCAGCUUGUUGAUUUUAAGCGCAGUCGGCGUCACAUCAGCCAGCAGCGAAGGAUGGGCUGCCCGUGACGCUCGCUCAGCGGGCAACCAGGCGCUCCUUCAGCCGGCGGACUGCGUUCUGUCCGAGUGGAGUCCAUGGUCACAAUGUGACGUCUGUCAGAAAAGAAGGUAUCGCCACGCCAAGCUAGCGCAGCCGUCACAGUUUGGAGGGGAGCCGUGUCGUUUUUAUGGUAGGGAGGAGGAAGCCUGCGAGGUUCCAGCACGCUACACCUGUAACAACAUUCCACUGUGUGAAGGUUUCCUCUGCAGCCAAACAGGUCGCUGUAUUCCAAGAACGCUGCAGUGCAACGGGGAGGAUGACUGCGGUGACAUGUCAGAUGAAGCAGGCUGCGGGAGCAGCCAGAAGCCCUGCAGAUACGAGGCCGAGGAGUACUGGGGCAUUGAGAACCUCGCCAAAGGAAUCAACAUCUUGAACAGCGACCUGGAAGGGGUCGUGCUUGAUAACAGAUACUACGCCGGCAGCUGUUUGCCUCACUACAUCCAGGAUGUUCGAUUCAGGAAGCCUUACAACCUGCAGCAGUACACCCUGCAGACAAAAGGCUCCUAUGAUUUCACGCUGGAGGCUUUUGAGUCGUACUCGGACUACAUGGAACACACCAUGAAGGAGCGGAUGACCCAAACGUUUGUUUCCUAUGGCUUUGCCAUUCCGGGUGUUUUUGAAUUUGGCUUCAACUACAACAAAGGCAAAUACACCAAGUCGGUCCAAAAGAUUCGCCGUGCCUCGGGCAAGGCUUACAGCUUCAUACGGGCCAAAGCUGAGCUGGAGUUGGCCCAGUACAUGCUCAAGUCAGACGACCUGAUGCUGCAUCCUGAGUUCCUGCAGCGCCUGCGAGCCUUGCCCCAGUCCUAUGUUUACAGCCAAUACCGACAGAUCUACAGAGACUACGGUACACACUACAUCACCGAAGCAGCCCUCGGAGGGGACUACGAGUACACCCUCAUCCUGGACAAGGAAAAGCUUGAAAAGACGGAUUAUACUUUGACAGACUACAAGUCCUGUACACAGUCAGGACUGAAGGUUGGCGCCAACAUAUACGGCGUUUACGUGUCUGUGGGCUAUCAAGGCGGCUCCUGCGAUGGCCUCCUUAACGAGAUGGGAGAGGACACCAAGGAUGGUAGCAUGGUAGAGGACACUGUCUCGGUGGUAAGGGGCGGUACUAGUGAAUCUAUCGCUGCUUUGGUGUCCCAGAAGCUUCCCAGCCCGCAGCUGAUGAGGCUCUGGGGGGAGGGAGUGCGCUUCAACCCGGACUUCCUUCGUACAACGACGCGACCUCUGUAUGAGCUGGUCACCUCCAGAGACUUCACCCUCCACAACACCUUGAAGAGAAACUUGAAACGAGCCCUGUUCGAGUACCUGGAAGAGGCCAGCUCGUGUCGAUGUGCUCCCUGUCACAACAACGGAGUGGCGGUGCUCAGAGGCAGCAGAUGUGACUGUGUGUGUCCCGUUGGCUACAGUGGACGCGGCUGUGAGGUCACGAACAGACAAAAAGACAUCGCCAUCGACGGCAGCUGGAGCUGCUGGGGUUCCUGGUCUUCCUGCAGUGGAAGAACCAAGACAAGGAGUCGCCAGUGUGACAACCCAGCACCCAGCAGUGGAGGCUUGCCAUGCAGAGGCUUACAGCAGGAGUCGACUGAGUGUUUUUGAAAUAGUCCACAAUCCAUUAAAGUUCCUUCAAAAAAAUGCUCUGAACUA